ACUCUCCCACGGACAACAACCCCAGACAAAUUCCACUUCCUCUUCAUCUUCUUCCCCUGGUUCUGGUUCUGCUUCUGUUUCGCUCGCUCCAUCGAUCGCUCGCAGGACACAAGCCAUGGCGACGGAGAAGCACUUCAAGUACGUCGUCCUCGGCGGCGGGGUCUCGGGGGGGUACGCGGCGCGGGAGUUCGUCAAGCAGGGCGCGCAGCCAGGGGAGCUCGCCAUCAUCUCAAAGGAGGCCGUGGCUCCUUACGAGCGCCCUGCCCUCAGCAAGGCGUACCUUUUCCCUCAGAAUCCUGCAAGAUUACCAGGAUUUCAUGUGUGUGUGGGAAGUGGAGGCGAGAGGCUCUUGCCUGAAUGGUACUCACAGAAAGGUAUUGAGCUGAUCCUCAACACUGAAAUUGUCAAGGCUGAUCUUGCCUCCAAGACUCUGACUAGUGCAGCUGGAGCGACAUUUACAUAUGAGAUCUUGCUAAUAGCUACUGGCUCCUCAGUCAUCAAGCUCUCUGAUUUCGGCACUCAAGGAGCUGAUUCGAACAACAUUCUGUAUCUGAGGGAAGUUGACGACGCGGACAAGCUGUAUGCAGCUAUCCAAGCAAAGAAGGGUGGGAAGGCAGUGGUUGUUGGAGGAGGUUACAUUGGCCUUGAACUAAGCGCAGUAUUGAAGAUGAACAAUCUGGAUGUCACUAUGGUGUUCCCUGAACCUUGGUGCAUGCCUCGUCUCUUCACCGCCGAGAUUGCAGCUUUCUAUGAGAGUUACUACACUAACAAAGGAGUCAAGAUCGUCAAGGGUACAGUUGCUGUUGGUUUUGAUGCUGACGCCAAUGGUGAUGUUACUGCCGUUAAGCUAAAGGAUGGCAGUGUGCUUGAAGCUGAUAUUGUUGUUGUUGGUGUUGGGGGUAGACCAUUGACUACUCUCUUCAAAGGCCAAGUUGCUGAGGACAAAGGUGGAAUCAAGACUGAUGCUUCUUUUGAAACAAGUAUCCCUGGAGUGUACGCUGUUGGUGAUGUGGCCACUUUCCCCAUGAAGAUUUACAAUGAUGUCAGGAGAGUGGAGCAUGUUGACCAUUCUAGGAAGUCCGCAGAGCAGGCUGUGAAGGCGAUCAAGGGGAAGGAGGCGGGUGAGGCCGUUCCGGAAUACGACUACCUGCCCUACUUCUACUCGCGGUCGUUCGACCUGUCGUGGCAGUUCUACGGCGACAAUGUGGGCGAGGCUGUCCUGUUCGGCGACAGCGACCCUAGCUCCACCAAGCCCAAGUUCGGGUCAUACUGGAUCAAGGAUGGCAAGGUUGUGGGCGCGUUCCUGGAGGGCGGGUCGGCCGACGAGAACGGCGCCAUCGCCAAGGUCGCGAAGGCCCAGCCGCCGGUGUCCAGCCUCGAGGAGCUCAAGAAGGAUGGCCUCCUGUUUGCCAGCAAGAUCUGAUGAGACACGCGCUCGGUGUACAUUUCCUGCCAUUUUAGAGAUACUUGUGUGGUUGUAUCGUCACAGGGAUACAGGAUACUAGACUACCAUACAUACCUCACUACGCAGUACAAUACCAUUUGGUUUCCAGUUGUGAUGUCUGUACCACAUAUACUCUGUGAACUUGUUUUGUUCUCAAUAAAACCCACAGCCUUACGGUCA